AUGUCUCAACCAAACGGAAUUGCCACUCUUUUGAAAGCCGAAAAGGAGGCUCACGAAAUUGUCUCUCAGGCCAGACAGUACCGUCAGGACAAAAUCAAGCAGGCCAAGACCGACGCUGCUGAGGAGGUCAACGCCUACAAGAAGAAAAAGGAGCAGGAGCUCAAGGACUACGAGGCCAAGAACGCUGGUGGCGUGAAUGGCUUGGAAAUGGAGGCCGAAGACCAGGUGCAGGCCGAGUUGAAGGAACUCAAGGAAACUGGUAACAAGAAGAAAGAUGCCAUCGUGAAGCUUUUGAUCAACGCGGUCAUUACUCCCGUCGGAGACGUGCACGUCAACGCUGCGUAA